AUGUUGGCGAAUGGGCUAGAGAAUAAAACAGUAUAUGAGAAUCUUGCUCUUAGAGGCCGUGCGACACAGUCAUCUAUAUCUCUAGACCCUUCCGUUGGAUAUUUGGGCCUGGGUGUGAAUGCAAUAGAUGGAAACACAGAUCCCAACUAUUACCAUGGGUCAUGCUUUCACUCUGGUUAUGAAGUUGGUCCCUGGUUUAGAGUGGACUUACUGGAUUCCUAUCACAUCUCCAAUAUAAUUAUCACCAACCGAGGAGACUGCUGUGCAGAACGGCUGAACGGAGCAAAAAUUGUUGUUGGGAACUCACUGGAAAAUUAUGGAAAGACCAAUCCAAGUUGCGGAGAGAUUACCACAUUAGCAGCUGGAGCGUCACAAACCUUUGAGUGUGAUGGGAUGGUGGGACGCUAUGUGACCGUCUAUCUUCCGGUACAACAAAACCUCCACUUCUCUGAGAUACAAAUAAUUGGCUACUAA